AUGAGACCUGCCUUGACUGCCGGUCUUGUGGCCUCCGUCUUGCUCAUGCAGCAGGCUGCCGCAACGGGCUGGGGCGAUGCACCGAGUUUUUCGUGUCCUUCCAACACCGACAACAACUGCUCCAUAGACCAACGAAGUGGCUUCAACUGGUCCGCUUUGCCGACGGGUGAUUUCAGCAGCUAUGGUGGGUUUGGGUUCAGCGGCUUCACCUGCCAGGACAGCUUCAAGUCCAGCAGCAAGAGAUCGCUGCAGACUCGCUCGAACUUCCAGUCCAAAUGCAUUCAAGGGAAAGUCAGCAAAUCCAGCGGCAGUGGGCCAUCCUUCUCCUGUGCACAAAACGACAAGUUCUCAAUCACCCACCUGGAUGUCUCGGUCUCUUUCGACACCGACCUCGAUUUCAUCUUCUCCAUGCCUGAUGGUUCGACCUGUAAGCAUACAGCGGCCUGCCAGGCAGGGGGAACCACUGUGCAGAACACCCAGUGUGGUGGAGCCAAGUCGGUGUCGAUGCAGCUGCCACCGAGCAGUGGCAAGCAAGAAUGCGAUGUGGGCAUUCACUCUAUCGGGUUUGAUUGCAAAUCUGCUUCCUCAUCGUCGUCUACGACUUUUGCUCCCUCCACCACCGCUGCCAUCAGCACGACCACAACACCCGUCGCAACAACUACGACACCUGUCACCACGACGAUAGUCACUAGUGCUAGUGUCGAGAUAACCACCACGACAUCCCAGGUGCAGACGACGACCAGUCCAGGCGCAAGUUCCUCGACCACGACUACAACCACAACAUCUGCAGGGACUUCUACUAGUAGCAGCACCACAACUACCUCUAGUGAGCAAGCAUCAGCCACGACGACGACAACCACAACACCUGCAGUGACUUCUACUACCAGCAGCACCGCAACUACCUCUAGUGAGCAAGCAUCAGGCACUACGACGACUACAAGCAAGUCUGAAGAAACACCUAGCACUACUGCCACCACCACCGUUGGCACCACUAAUACCACGUCUGGUGAGCAGACUUCUUCCACCACAACAUCUGCGCCUACUACGACCAUCACCACCACCAGCCCGGUAGUUACCACUCCGGCGGCAUCGACAACCACAACUGAGACUCAAACUGAUGUCGUUACCACAGAGUUUGUCUUCACCACCAUCUCCGUAUGUCCGUUGACAUUGACGCACACCACGGGCAGCGACACCGUGACCGAGGUCACCAGCACCAUCUCCACCGUCACCAUCACGUCCACAUCCACCGUCUGCACGAAAUGCAACAGUCCGCCUCCUUCGACUCUGACAUCUGUCACGGUCCCUGCCUCCACUCCGACCACUACGGCCUCGGAAUCGGAAACUGCAGCAGCGUCGUCCACCUCAACACUCACAUCUGCAGCUCCACCCCCGCCAGAGUCUUCAGCCUCUUGUCCUCCCGUUCUUCCUAGCUGCCUGAACACCUGGCUCAGCCUUGUGCCAAAAUGCUCUUCCAACAGCGACGUCAGCUGCUUCUGUCCCAGUGCCGACUUCAUUGCGAACGUCCAGUCCUGUGUGGCUGCAUGGGCCGGCUCCGACGACGAAAUCACCGCCGCGCUGUCAUACCUCGCAGGCAUCUGUGCCGAUUUCGUGCCUCAGAACCCAGGCAUUUGCACCGGUAUCCCUAAGACCAUCACCUUGGUGCCCAACCCGCCCGCAGGUACCGAGACCACAACUGCCACUGGAACAGAGACGGCCACGGCCACCGCCCCGACUACGGCCACGGCCACGACGACCGUCAUCACCAACGGCAACGGUCGCGGUCCUCGUCCACCGGCGGUCACGACACAGUCCCCAGCUCCCAUCGCUGUGCCGGUCACCACCGUGACAUUCACACUGACUCAGAGUUCCUCUGGUGGUUCCGUCAUCACCACAGCCGUCACGGUCCCUCAAGUCACAUUCGUCACCGCGCCACCGGCCACUACAGUGAGCGAAGGUAGUGGCGGCCCUGCAGCGCCCGGCAACGUCGGGCUCGUCCCGAUGCCAGCAGCGCUUGCGACUUCGACUGCAACUGCAACUGCAAUUGCCAGCCCGUCUGCAGUUGGAAGCAGUGUCGGCACUGGAUGCCAGGGCGCUCAAUGCAGUCCUGCUGGUGGGGCGGGGGCAACUACAGCCGUGGCUCCAACGGGCGUCGCACCUGCUGUGACGCAGACCAGCUCGAUCAUCGGACCUGAUGUCUUUACUGGUGCAGCGUCUUGUGGAUGCGGUACUGUUGGAUUUGGCAUGCUUGCUGGGCUGAUGGGUGCUGUUGCAUUCUUGUUCUGA